AGUAUAUUAAUGAUCAGAACUGAUAUUUAUAAGUUCAAUUGAUUUGCAAAUCUUCACAUUGGACAGAAGUGAUGCAUUUCGACAGUCGUCUUAUUAAACACUCUUCACUUAUAUUAUAGUAUAAUAUUCGGUUAUUAAUGGCUGUUUAUGUACAGUAGCUCAUCAGGGUGUGGUCCAGUACACCAGUUAUUUCACUACAGUAAUACUGACAUCAACAACAACAACUCGGCCGAGUCCACGGGCGGCGGGACAUCUGAAGACAUGCUGUCUGUCCCAGAGCGCCUGCCCCUCGGGGACUAUUCCCGCUCAAGUUCCUGCGAGAAGCUGACGCCUCGCUCCGACCACACGGUCCUCAGCCUGUCCGGAAAAGAGAUCCGCUGGACCCCUCUGCCCCCUCCAGGCAACUGCGAGUACUACUGGCACGCCAUCCUCCUCAUGACCUCCGGGGGCAGCGUGCUCCUCUCCGGGAUGGUGCUGACUGGACUUUACUUCGCUGAUGUUUCCACCAUGGCCACCAAUAUUUUAGGCCCCGCCCUUCUGUCUAUUGGUCUGAUGGUGAUGGUGGUGGGUGUGGUUUUGAUGCCCAUCACACAGAAAAUGAAGCAUCAGAGUGCAACGAAUCGUCUCAGCGGUUUCUACAAGCUAUGAGAAGAACCUAAAGCGCCCAAACCCUGUCCUGGAGCGAGUUUAGCUACAAUUUGCCUCAACUAACCAGCCUGGAAGUUUCUAGGAUGUGUUCGAAAUCGCCCCCUAUACCCUCAUUCGCUAUUCCCUAUAUUACUCCGCUUAUAUCGUUCACUUGAAGGGGUGAAUGAAAACGAGUGAGUGAAUUCGGACACUGACUGCUGCUUCUGCAUAGUUUGUGCUGCAAACUGGCAGCACCAGUAGUAAUGAAAAGAUUUAACUUUGUCAUCUGUUUAAAGUCUAAUUUGACAAUUUAAUCAAUUAAAAACGAAGUUAUGCCUGUAUGAUAUUACGCUGUACCCACAUUGGACGGCGAUAUGAAAAAUGUAUGGGUGGAUGAUUCGGCUGCGGCGCCAUCUUCUGGUCAGAUGUGGUUAUUAAUUGGAUGCGCCACUCUCACAGUGCAUUAUGCGUAUUUUCUAGCCGUUGGGUGUACACUCGUUAUUGUGGUGCAUUGUGGGAUUGAAUGAGUGCACUCGAUAGUAUCACACCACUACAAAUGGCUGUCCCCUCAAAAAGUGCCAUAUCUAAGGGUAUAGGGGGAGAUUUUGAACACAGCCAAGUAAUUCUGACAACAUUAAUUAACUGGCGUAUGUGUGUUUAAUUGGGGUUGGAGAUGAAUUCUAGAUUAAAUAUUUUGAACAGAGGACAGGAGCGGGAUUGGACACCCCUGGGCAAGACCAUUGUUUGUUUUUAGACACUGGUUGAUUCUGCUUCCAUUACAUUUCUUCUUUUUUAUAUAUAUAUAUUUAUAUAUGUAUAUAUAUAUAUAAAAGCGUCUCUAUUUGCAAACUCGCGUGCUGCGUUGUGUUUAUCGUGCAAUUUAUACACCAAAAAAUGAUUUUUA